CUCGACUCGCAACACACCAUGCCCGAGGUCGUCUCCAAAAAGCUCAAGUUCAAGGGCGACAAGCCGAAGAAGAAGAAGCGCUCGCAUGCACGCCCGGCCGACGAGCUUGAUGCGCUUGCGGCGGAAGAUCCGUCCGGAUGGAUGUUCCCCACGACAGUGGACGAGGUGGCUGGGCCGACGUUUAUCCUGCUUCCGACUGAGCCGUUGACAUGUUUGGCUUGGGACUCUGCGCGCCAGAAGGUGUAUGCCGCACCCCUGGACGUGCCUCAGGCGCCGGAGGGCGCGAACGAUCUGUCGAGCAGCGAAGUGCUCAGCCUUAUUGAGCCCAGUGACAUUAACCACGUCUGGGUUGUGUCUCGCCUGGCCGGGAGCGAGGACAUCAUCUCCUUGCGGACCAGCAAUGGUACCUUCCUCACAGCUACGCCGGGAGGCCAGCUUUCGGCGUCCACACCCUCCCGCGGCCCGCUCGAGGGCUUCACCCCCCUCCUCUCUACAGGCGAGCUGUUCCCCUCCUUCUCCCUCAAAACCUCCUCGGGCAAGUACCUCUCCGUCCCGCGCUCGGACAAGGAAACGAUCCUGGCCAAGAAGGCCGAGCUGCGUGCCGACGCAGACGAAGUGGGGAGCUUCGAGGGGCUGCGUGUCAAGUGCCAGCGCGAGCAUAUUCUCAAGGCCCGCGUCGCGGCCAUUGCCGGACGUGCGGGCGGAGAGGGCAAGACGCGUCUGCUCGAGCGCGGCGGCCCAUCCCUCGGGUCCGUGGAGGACGAGCUCAAGCGAAACACGCAGUAUCAGGCCUGGGGUGCCGGCCGACACCAUGUGAGCUCAGGCGACCGGAACGACUUGAAACGCGCAAAACGUGAGGGCCGCAUCGCUGAGGCGAUGCUCGACCGCCGCGCGGCCAUGAAGAGUGACCGAUACGCCAAGUGAUGGCGGCUGUGUGAUGUAGAGUAACACUGUCAUGUAUUUGUAGAUGGGAUGGGUGGCAAAUGCGCCGCGUAGGUGUGCUACAUCGACGGCAGUGAGGAGAUGAUCGAGGAGAUGAGAUGAGCAUACGAC